CUCACAGCAAGGAGAGAACACCAGCCUCACCGCCUGCCAUUUGUCUUGCUUGGGUGCUCUUUACUCUUCCAGCCACUUUUGUCACUAUCCCGGCAGGUAAGGGAGCCAGCCCCCUCUGUGUCACUUUUUGGAGACUGGGAAAAGUGCACAAACCCUGGGAUUUCCUGUUCUAGCUAGCCAGAGGUGGGGGUGGAUAAUGGAAGCCAAACUGCUGCCUUUGACAGAAGCUGCUUGGGUGGUCUUGCUUGGCCCAUCAUUCUUUCAGCCUGGCCAACCUGACACGGCAGCUGUUGAGAAUAAAAUUGAAUAACCUCAUGUAUAUCUUUGAGUUUCAUAGAGCAAGGGGAGGAGAGGAACAUGGUGAAGGAAAAGAAGUAAAUCUAUGGGAUUUGUGUUGCUACUUAAUAGAAAAACAAAGUCAAUUCAAUUGUUUAUCUGCUAUGUAUAUAUCCCUUACCUCAUUGAAAAAGAUUACAAAACUGAUUAAAAAUUAAAAUCAGUUAAAAAGACAGCAAGAAGUCAAAAUGAAAGGAAAGAAUUAAGUUAGAAUAAGUAUGGCUGCAAUCACACAAAGGAGAAAGUCCCUUUGAACUUAGUGGGACUUAUUUCUAUGAUUGAAGAUGCCCACGCUUGCAUUGCAAGUAAGUAAUUAAUGCCCUGCUCUGCUACUCAAAGGGUAUUCAGGGUAGCUUCACACCAUGAAAAUGCAGAGGGGAAAAUAGGCGUCAGAGAGGCAAAAGAUCAUGUUUAAACUGCAGUAAUCUAAAGGAAAACAGAAAGCAGCAGCAACAAACUUUAAACAUUACAAGACUGCUGAAAAAGAAAAAGAAAUCAACUUGGAGUGUAAAAAAAACUAGAUUGGGAUCCUGACAGAUCUUCACUGAGAGGAUGUUUGAAAAGAGAAUUGACAGUACUGGACACAAUGGACCCAAAGCGGCUUCAUAUGCCCCUGAUGAGAAAAUUGCUGGUUAUAUAUUUAUAUUUCUUGACAUUAUUUCAUGUACAUUCCUAAGCAUUUGGGUUGGUGUUGAUGACAACUUUACAAACUCAUCAAUGGGUCAUUGGGCAAUGCUUCUAAACCAGAAGAAGUGAGCCAAGGGGAAAACCUUGGAUUCCUUUUAAAGGUUGGUUGGAGAGAAUUCUUUUGGAAGCUAAAACUCUGCUUUUCUCUCUUUCUUAACAGUAAUGAGAUCCUGGAAGCUCUGCAUUGACUUUCUGUGGUGUGCUGUGACCCUCACGGCAUUUCCAGGUCAGUGCUCCGAAACUGGGACUGUACACUCAGCUCAACCCCAUUUCAAAAGGCUCCUCCAGAGAAGCUAUUUAUUCAGCAUUUGCAAUGAUUUGCUUGCACAAAGCAUAUUUAGCGGUUAUUGAUAUUCAUUCUGAUUUGCUGGGAAGUCAAGUUGUACUGCAAUGAGCAUUUAUUCUGAUAUGCCUGUGGGUUGUUUAGAGGGGCUUGUCCACUUUGGGGCAUCGUUUAGAGGCUGACCCCCCCAGUCCACAGCCACACAUACUGUGUAUGAGGAGCAGCUUAGGUCUUUCCCAUCCAUAGCAGCAGGCAUUCCCUUUUGUGUUUGUCCCUGCCUUCUAAUUUGUUGGUUCUGCUAUACUAUGAAAUACAGAUGGGGCAGGCACACAGAUGGCUGCAUGGGCACCAUGGUGGGUUAAAAACACACACAAAAAACUCCACCCAGCAAAUACACAAAAGUGUACAGUCAGGCCAUUUCUGGCACACCAUUUUUCAUGUACCGUAUUUUUCCAUGUAUAACAAGCCCCUGUGUAUAACAUGACCCCUAUUUUGGGGGACUCCAGAUAAGGAAAUCCCCCAUAUGCACUAUCUGUGUAUAAGACAACCCCCAAUUUUAAACUUGAAAAAAUAUAUACAUGGAAAAAUACAGUAAUUUGUGCAAAUAGCUGGUUUUGUGCAAAUCUGAGGCGUCAAAAGGGAGAAAACUUAUAAGGCCACGCUCCAUUCAGGAGCACACCAGAAAUAUUUAUGAGCAUGGCUGAAAAUGAAAGCAAUGUGAAAGCAGCGGGCACUGAAAGGAGAGUAGCAGAAAGUGAAAAUUGAUUCACCCAACCCAAGACACCAAAUCAAAUUGUCUGUGACUCUCUUUGGUCUGGAGCCUCAUUUCUGAUGCACAGUGUAAAUUAAUAAUGCAGAGUUUUUAAGUGAAAGAAUAAGAGCUUUAUUGAGUUAAAAUAAACUUCUUCAUAAACAACAUGCUUCCAAACAGUUUGACUGAGAUUCCAUACUGACUCUGCUCACAACUGAGGUGGACGGACUCUGACUGAAAUCUUACAGAGAGAACAAAAGAGAAAAUGGCUGCCAAGUCCCCUGCCAGAGGGACUCCCCAGUUAGCAGUUAUGCCUGAAUAACUUUAGGAGGCCCAAAUGACUGUGCCGUCCCAGCCCUUCCCAGCCUGCUUGGCUGCUUCUGCUCUCAGGUGUCUUUGGCACGUGACAAUUUCCCCUGAUUUAUAGAAAAGACCUGUAUCUCUAUUGGCAGCAAGGAUGCCACCUUGCCACCACAAUUUAAGGGGCUGGUGCCACGUGGCAUGCACGAGUGAUGUCAGCACAUCAUGCGCAUGCCACAGGGUGUGUGAGAGUGGCGUGAGCACGCCAGCAGGCUGCACAAUUAAAAUCAGCAUGUGCAGCGUGUGCACACGGCUGCUGAGGACCCCCCCUCCCCCAUGUCUGGUACAGAGUUCCACAGGAGUGGGUGGAUAAGAUUAAAGGCUUGGUUUCUCAUUGUUGUCAUAUGAGCCUCACCAGCGCAGGGAAUGACUAGAGACACUCCUGCAGAUGGUCCUGAGGUCGUUCAGGGCUUUGUAAUCAAUACAAGAACCUUGAACAUGGCUUGGUAUCAGAUAGGCAGCCAGGGGCAGCAGUUUUAACAAUGGUGUCACAUGUUCUCAACCAGAAGCUCCCAACAGCCUUCUGGCCACGGUGUUCAGCACCAGCUGGAGCUUCUGAACUAGAUCCAGGGCAACCCCACAUGGUCAGCAAUCUAGCCUCAAGGUCACAAACAUGUACUACAGUGAACAGACUUCCCCUGUCUGGGAAUGGCUGGCCGUGGCAAACCAGGCAGGUGGUAAAGGGCCCUCCUAGCCACAAAGGACAGUUGGGCCUCUAGUGAUCUCCUGGCCUGCUACACUCUCCCCAUGUUCGCCCAUCCCUGGCAUACCUUUUUCUGUCUUUUGUCUGUUCCUCUCUUAUGGGAUACAGUUUUCUGCUUGACCCGUGCUUUCCAGGCACGAGUCUGAGCAGUUUUCCCUUUGCCCUCUCCUUUCCCAGGGAAAACCUGUCCUUUCGUACUAAAUUGGAACAAACGUCAAUCUGGAGAAAACUUGAGUUGCCAUUUGCUCUGACUGAGUGCCAAAGAGUGGUUUUCCCCAGGGGAAAGCAGUGGAGCAAGAGGAACUAUGGACAAGCCCUUACUUCCUCCCGCAAUUAAGGAGGCCCAGGGCCACGCAACGUCAGCACACUGUACGCACAUUCCCUGUGGCAGGUAUUCAAGAUGUCAGCACCCGCCGCAGCAUGCUGACAUCAUUCACACACGCUCUGGGGCGUGCUGAUGUUCUGCGGUUUGCGCAUGUGAUGCAAGCAUGUGAUGCAAAGAACUUGGGGUGUCCUGGCCCUUUAAUCAGAAAUAUGGGGGCCUGGCCCCCCACUCCCCCCUACUCAGUGCCCCUGCUUCCCCCAAACAUUUCCUCAACAUUUAUAUACCCUCCCCGCUAUAUUAUUGCAUUUUCAUACAAGUUGUAUCUGUUGUGUUUUCAGGGGCUCCGCAGGAGCAGGAGUUUCUGAGGAUUUGGCCCAUGAAGCCUGUGGUGGAAUUUGGAGGCUCCAUUGUAUUAAACUGCAGUGCCAGUUGCAAGAACAUUGCCCUGGAGACCAGCUUAAACAAUGCUCCAGCAGGGGACGGACCUACUUGGAGAGCCUUCAGCCUCACCAACAUCAGCAGCUGGGAACCAAAACCACAGUGUUAUGCUACAUGUCAAAGUAAUACAUUUCAGGAAGCAGCCAUCACCGUUUACCGUAAGUCAUAUUUUAGACUGCCUUGGAAUAAUCAUUCAGCUCACCUUGAAGGGAAGUGGAGCUUACUCAGUGAAAUACAGGGGGGGGGGGGGGUUCCUCUGCUUAGAGCCACAGAUUCAAAUCCGGCAGGAGUCCAGACUAGAAAGUGGUUGAAUGUGCACCCCACUGGCAGGGAAGUCUUUCUUUUUCCAGCAGCCCUUUACUGACUGCUUUUAGUGAAAGGGCUGGUGCUGUGCUGCUUUUAUGGUAACUAUUGGUAUGUUUUAAACAGAUUUCAUAUAGUUAUAUCGUUUUAAUUCUACCAAUAUUCAGCUGUAUUUUAAUAAUGGACUUUUUAAUGGUUCUUGUUCUUAUCUGUAAGCUGUCGUGAGUCCUGUCAAGGAAAAUAAGAAAUACAGAGUCAGACCAUCGGCCCAUCCAGCCCAGAACUGUAACUGAGAGCAGAUUCCCCAAGAUGCCUGGCAGACAUAUUAAAUGUGCACAAAAGCAUUUGGAUAAAAUGAAAUGGACACAGGACACAGGAAACUGCCUCAGGCCAAGUCAGACCAUUGGCCCACCUGGCUCAGUAUUGUCUGCACUGACAGGCAGUGGCUCUCCGGGGGUUUCAGGCAGGGGACAUUCCCAGCUCCACCUCCGCCAGCUCAGUUUAGCCCUAAAACAACGUUGUGAAUUCCCCUGAGAUCUGCAGGUGAAGGGCGGUAUACAAAACAAACAAAGACGGGUGAUGAUGAUAAUCCUAAAACAGAAAUAGCUUUUAGGAGAUGCACGGAUUCUGACUUUCUUGAAGGAAAGAAUUCCACAUUGAAAGAUAACCAGUAGGAAAACCUCCCCCUGCAAAGCCCAUCCAGUCUGGUUUUGGCACCCAUCAAGGAAGUCUGGCUUCAGGGACUUGAAGUGAGAACAUUUGUGAUGGAAGCAAACAAAGCAAAUUUCCAUUUCCCCGUUAUUUGUGCAUGUCAGGAUGCUGUUUUGCAUAAUUCAGCUGAUUAUUUUACAGAAUGUACAUACAGGAGCUCUGUCUCUUGUGUGCAUCCUGAAGGAGUUGGACACUAAAUGCCCCAUGAUCCCUGGAUGGAGGGGUGGUGGUGAAACAUGCCUAAACAUGACAAGACCAGCAGGCCCUUGCUCCAGCUUUGCGCUCCUUUCCUCAGGUAGCACAGGGCCAAAAGCCCACAAAAGAUCAAAACAAGAGCAAGUCCUCUUCAGCGACUUCUUGCUCGCCUUGCGUUCUGCUGAGGUCCUCUCACGACAGCAAACACAGGGCCCCAGAGUUUGUUCUGGUCCCAGCAGACUUAGUGGAUUGGUGACAGCCUCUUUCCAGCUCCUGAGCCCCUUGGUGCCAGAGCAGCCUUUCCCCAGGCUAUGGGACUCCAGGAGGGACAGGUCCAGUGGACCCCCUUGAGUGGCGCUUCUUGUGCCGGGGCCACAGUAGCCUCUCCGCUGGUGGCGGGGGCAGGAGACGCCUCUUGGCAGAGCCCCCUGUCCCUUGCUGCUGGCCGGGGAAGGGACUUCCCUCAGCCAGCCAGCCUCUGUCUCUCUCAACCUCUCCAUUUGUCCGGACGGAAGCAGCUCUUCCCGCCUUGCCCAUCUUUGGCCAGGCUGCUGCGCUGGGAGUCUCCCCUUCUCGCUGGAAGGAGACCCAAGGAGACGGUGUCCUCACGGCUUCUACUUCUCCUGGCUCAGCCUUAGCCCUCCAGUUAGCUCCUGUCUGAAUGCUCUCCCAAGACACUCCACACUGUCUUCCAGGCUAAGCCAAAAGAAGAAGAAGAAGAGUUUGGAUUUGAUAUCCCGCCUUUCACUCCCUUCAGGAGUCUCAAAGCGGCACACAUUCUCCUUUCCCUUCCUCUCCCAGAAGGUGAGUGGGGCUGAGAGACUUCAGAGAAGUGUGACUGGCCCAAGGUCACGCAGCAGCUGCAUGUGGAGGAGCGGAGAUGCGAACCCGGUUCCCCAGAUUACGAGUCUACCGCUCUGAACCACUACACCCCACUGGCUCUCUCCUUUCUCUCGCUGUAGAUAAUUUCCGCAGAGUGGAUGUUACACACAUUGGGCAGAAUCAACUCAACAACUCUCCCUCCCAAAACUGUCCCUGAAAAUUCUAUCUCUAGCUUUAUCUCUGGGCCUGGCCAAGGGAGGGCAAUGGGAAAUCAAGGAAAGCAAGAGAAAUGCUUAACUAACUGACCAAAACCCCGGCCUCUAUCUCUAGCUCAGAAAAGGCUCUUUUUAUUCUCCCUCCCUCCCCUCUGGCUGGCUCUCGCCCUCUGGUGGAAUUCUGAGGGACUGCAUGCCCAGACUGCUCUGGCUCUGCUGUCCGUCCCAAGAGGCCUGGUGGGAGGGGUGGGGUGUAGGUACACUAGAGAAGGAUGUCAAAGGCGCCAGAGUGAUCAGUUCCAGAGCUUUGUAAAGAAAGGUAUAGACUUACCUACUGCAAACCCGCCUGCCAGCUUCCCAAGCCUUUUCAGAUGUGGGACAGACACCACAGCAGAGAGAUGGCUUGUCUGUGCCCAAGCAAAGGUGCAUAACAUUCUUCACACACAAAGCAGCAUUUGUCACUUUGCCUAAGGCUUCCCGUUGCUUCACCUGCCCAGAUGAGGGCAUAGGUGGCAAAUACCCAAGUCUGACAGGUAGUUCCCCUUCCUGGGCUCAGAGCCCAGUAUCCCAAGCCCACAGGUAAGGAUAGCAUCACAGCAAAGCCAUUUAGCCUAUAUCAAAGCAAGUGAAUAUAAGCAUAAAUCAGCUCACUGCUACAACAACCACCAGUUAAUUGUAGGGUUAUCUUGACUACCAAGUUGGUGUUAGCAAAGCUUCUGGAACAGUUCACCUUUGGUUCAACACACUUUGCAAAGGAGGAAGCUGGAAGUGGGCUGAGAGGGGCUGCCUCAUGACCUCAUGGGCCUCAUCCUUAAGGCCUGGGCACACCACCCUCUGUCCUGGGAGCACGCAGGAAGAAUUAUUUCCAGAGGAGACACAGAGAGGCAGAACCUUCACCCUUAUGUUCUUCUGCCCCCUCUAAAAUAGAUAAACAAAUGAAGAGUUGUCACUUUUUAUUCUGUUCCAGGAGCUCCGGAGCGCGUAAUGUUGGAUCCGCUGCCUGAGGUGGAGGUGGGUAAGGAGUAUAAUGUGACUUGUCGAGUUUUCAAUGUUGCCCCCAUCCGGAACCUCACCGUGACCUUGUAUCAAGGGGAGAGGAGGCUGUAUGUGGAGACCUUUGAGGACCACAGGAAUCCUGAAGCCGGCAGUGUUGUGGUGACAAGCAACAGCAUCACCGCUCAGCAGAAUGACCACGGGGAGGAAGUCACCUGCCAUGCAGCUCUGGACCUGAGGCCGGAAGGGCCCUUCUUGGAAAAGGCAUCAAAUAAUCAAAGUAGAGUGGCAUGUAAGUGUCUGUACCAGGGAAAGUUUGGGGCAUGGUGGCUAUGGCAGCACAAGUGUCUGGUUUUGAGGAGUUAAGGGCUUAUCCACACUUUCCUCUUGUCCUGCUGCUUUUCCCCAGGGAAACCACUCUUUAGUGCUCAAUCGGAGCAAACGGCAAUUCAGGUUUUUCCCAGAUUUCCAUUUGUUCCAAUUUAUCGCUAAAGAGUGGGUUAUCCCUUGGAAUGGAACGGGGCAAGAGGAAAACCUUUUGGGCCCGUACUUUCUAGAUGUGGGACAAGCAGAAGUCUGUACAAGCACAGGUUUUUGUGAGGCUUACUGGGCCUCUACAACCUACGUAGCCUUGUCUCAAUGUUGUAUCUGAGGACUAAUCCACACUUCCUCUUGUCCUGCUGCUUUUCUCUGGAGAAAACUGUUCUUUCACAUUCAGUUGGAGCAAAUGGCAAUUUGGGUUUUCUCUGGAUUGAUGUUUGCUCUGAUUUAGAGCUGAAGAGCAAAUUUUCCUUAGGAAGGGUGUGGAGAAAGUGACAAGUCUCCUAGAGAUCCAUGCUCUCUAGGAACAGAACAAGUGUGGGUGAGCCUGAGAGUACCUUUUCUCCCCCUCUGGGAGCCAGUGUGGUGUAGUGGUUAAGAGCGAUAGACUCACAAUCUGGGGAACCGGGUUCGAGUCUCCGCUCCUCCACAUGCAGCUGCUGGGUGACCUUGGGCCAGUCACACUUCUCUGAAGUCUCUGAGCCCCACUCACCUCACAGAGUGUUUGUUGUGGGGGAGGAAGGGAAAGGAGAAUGUUAGCCGCUUUGAGACUCCUUCGGGUAGUGAUAAAGCGGGAUAUCACAUCCAAACUCUUCUUCUUCUACUUCUCUCACCACCCAGUCAGGAGCUGCACUGGGGGGGGGGGGAAUGGGAGCCACCCAUUAUUUUUUUUAAAAAGUGUCCCUCUACACUCUCAUACAUGUGACUUGAUAUAGAUAUUGUUACAGAGGCCAUCACAAUCCCUUCCGAGAGGUAGCAAGAUCCCAGAGGUCCUGGCACUUAACCAGGGUUGCAUUUCUGUUGAGAAAUUAAGGCACAGUGGAGAUCAGUGUCUUUAAGAUAUAUGGUUCAUUGUACACAAUUCGCAACUUGAGUCUUGAUGGAGGGAGAGUUCACAGCAUUCUCCUUCCCAGCAGCACAGCAGCAGUGGAUUCAGAGGCAUCCUAAGCACCAUCCCCUCAUCCCUCUGCCACAGCCUGCUUCUGCCAGCCAGCCAGGCUGGCUGCUGCCCUUCCGUCCCUGCAUGGAGCUCUGCCCAUUCCCUCCCCUUCUUCCCAGAAACCCUUCCACCCAAAAUCUCUGUUGGAAAAGGACACCCUCUGCCCCCGUUUACCCUGGCAACCUUCCCCUCUCAGUUCUUCUGCUUCUGCCCACUUCUCAUCUGCAUGGUCCGUUGGUCUUAAUGGCCUGCCACUUAGUUCUCCUUGUGCUUAUUUUAAUGGCAUCUCUUUUUGCAAUCUCCUGAACUGAUUUAGCCUGUAUUCCCACUGACCUGGCAUCUUCCCUGCAUACUCCCAAAAUCAGCUAAAUUUACUACAUUUAGGAUUAUGAGGAGUCUUCCCCCUGCCACAAAAUCAUAACAUUUUAAAGCUAUAGGCAGGGGUGGGGGUACCUCAGGUCUGGAGACUAAAUGUCCCCCCCACCCCAGCCUCUUUUCUGACCCUCAGGGUGACCCCACCCAUGCCACGUCCCUCUCAGACUCCCUCCUGCAUCCUCUUGGAGGAAUCUGUCCUUGAACUAUUACAAUGUCUGUCGCUUGCCUGGAGGGUGGAUGAAGAGGUGUGCUUGCGGUCUGUAUGUGUGUGGAAACCUCUGGCGUUUGCAGGCUUCAGAUGUAGCUCUGCAAGGGUAAGAGUCACAGUCGUUGCUCAGCUCACUCUUGCCUCUGGCUCACCACUGCCAAGUGGCCCUUGGAAGAUUAGGCAGUGCUCUCCUUGGGCCACACGCCUGCUGUUGGUAAAUAUUUAUAAUAAAAUGGACAAGUCAGUCUAUUUCUGUCCCAUGUCAGUUUUGUACACGCUUACUCACAAACCUGUUCUGUCCCAUUUUCAUAUUAAUCUAUAAUUUUAAACAAAACAAUCAGUAUGAAAAUUAGCAUUUAAAUACAGGCUUUAAACACAUUUUUCUCCCCCAAAAUUGCAAUUCUAAAUGUAUUUUCUGCCCUGCAAUACUAGUUUUAAGAUUUAUUUUGGUAAUGUUUUUGAACUAAGAAUUGUACCAGCAGAUUUGGAAGGUGGCAAUCUGCACCAAGCAUAUUCUGGGAGGUGCGGAUUAGGUCAAUUUGUACAGUGAUUCAAAUUUGUUUGCUAAAAACCAUUGGCCAUCACAAACCUGCAAACCAUCAGGCAAGAGAUCCUUUUAAAAAUAAAAAGCUUAGAUGAUCUUCAGCACAUGCGCAUUGUCCCCCAUGGGUCUGAUGAGGAUGGUGUAGUCAACACUAACAAGUUCAGUGUGAAUCAAGGGUGGCACUGCCAAGAGGCAUUUGACGCAUUCAGAUCUUGGCAGUGCAGUGGACAGAGGAGAGGAACAUGGAAGCCCAGUGGGCUGCCUGGCAAUCUUAAUGUUUCCCUUGCUUUAUGUGUUAUUUCAGACCCUCCAGAGCAGGUGAUCAUGGAGCUCCAGAAGUCUUCCACAGGCCAAAGCUGGCACUAUAACCUGAAAUGCCACAUUGUAAGAGUGGCCCCCCUCAGCAAGCUCACAGUGACCUUCUUCAAAGGGGCAGAGAGGCUACAUUCACAGAAACUCUGGAACUAUACCAGGCCUGAGCGUGCCAACGUUACAGUCACCCACCCCAUCACCCUGGGACCGUGGGACCAUGGAAAGGCGGCUACCUGUCAUGUAAUGCUGGAUUUCAGCCCCAACGAAAAGCCCUUCACUGCCGCAUCCCACAAGGUGGCACUCAGGACUGCUGGUGAGUUUGUAGGCAUAACGUGCUCUGAGUCACCUUUUUAACAAACCAACCAGCCACUGUUUUAUUUGAAUCAAUGCUUCAGCUUAGGGCUUGCAACAUUUAAGUGAGUUUCUCCACUUUGGGAUUGUGCAGCUUCAGUCUCACCAUAAUGUAUAAGAACCAUUGUCCUCAAGUAGCAUAAGUGCAUAGCUGCCACAGAUAAUUUAAGCGCACAAACAAAUACAAAUACAUUGAUGAGAGAACAGAUUCCUUCCUAACCAACCAGCCUUCUCCAGCUUUGCAAGUGUUUUGGACUACAUCAGCCCCCCCCCCCCCGUUGAGGCUGAUGGGAACUGUAGUCCAAAAUAGCUAGAGAGUGCCAGGUUGAGGGAGGCUGCUCAUCUACUGUCUUCUCCCUUCUCUGAGUGACAAGGGCAAGUGAGUGGGCACAGUUCAGGUAAAGUGUUGCAGCAUAAGGUUUCACUCAUAUGUCCAAAGUGCCUUAUAUGUCCAGCAUGCUCUGUAAUUACUAUUCAGACUGGCAGCCACUCUCCAGCAUCUUACCCACCCUUACCUGCCCGCCACACUUUCCAAGGCACAGCUCCAUGUCCAAGCACUCUUUGUGUGUGCGUGUUUUGCUCCAGAGCUUUCCUCUCCUCCGAGGGCCUUCUGGCAGCUCCCUCACUGUGAGAAGUGAAGUUACAGGGAACCAGGCAGAGGGGCUUCUCGGUGGUGGCACCUGCCCUGUGGAAUGCCCUCCCUUCAGAUGCCUAGGAAAUUCAGAACUACAUAAUUUUUAGAAGACAUCUGAAGGCAGCCCUGUAUCAGGAAGUUUUUAAUGUUUGAUGCUUUAUUAUGUUUUAUAUAUUAUGUAAGCCGCCCAGAUGGGCGGGGUAUAAAUAAUAAAAUUUGUAUUAGUAUUCCCUGUGAAGACCCACUCUUUAAAGCUAAAUCAGAGUAAAUGGCAAUCUGGGGGAAAUCUGAAUUGCCCUUUGUUGUGCUUCAGCUUUAAAGAGCAGAUUUUUGCAGGGCAACCUCCAAAGUACAAUAUAACUUUUCAGGUACUGAAAGUUGAUGCUGACAUAUAAUCAGAUAUGCCCAUUCAGCAAUAAUGUUCUCUAAAUUCACUGCAUGUUCAGAGCUAAUUUUGUGGGACAUAAAGUGACAUUGAAUUUACUGUUUGAGAACUGUGACACCAAGUUUGUUGAACACAUUGAAACUGAGGUAUUCAAUUUGCUCAUUAGUGUUCCGGAGAACCUUGGCCUAAGUUGGGCAAUAUGAUGAAUGUUUGUGUUUUUUCUCUCCCUUGGAUCUAGAUCAGAGGUGGGGAACCUUUGGCCCUCCAGAUGUUGUUGGACUACAACUCCCAUCAACCUUCUCUCUUGGUCAUGCUGGCUGGGGUUGAUGGGAGAUGCAUUUCAGCAACAUCUGCAGGGCCACAGGCUCCCCACUGCUGAUUUAGUUUGCCUGUUACCUUUGCUGAUGUUUAGGGACAUUGCCUGCCCCGCCUCCCUGCUUUCCUCUUCUCUUACAUUUCUUCUCACUUUCAGAAUCCUGCACAGCUAUAGUUGUAGCUGCUUCUUCUAUAGCCAUGCUAUCUCUCCUGCUGGUGAGCAUUCUUGUCUACUAUCUGGUCUGGGUGCCUGCAGCUUCUAAAUAGAACCCAGGAGGGCAGAACAAAUGUCAAGCUAAGUAAGUCGAAAAAGCUUUGUCACAGUGAUAAAGACGACCGCACAACUUGUGUUUUAUGAACAUCCAAUACAGAAGCAAUGAGCAUAAAGCAACUAUGAAGCAUUUUGUACAUGGAAAAGUACUGUGAACCUUUUUUUAAAAAAAGUAACACAAGCCGGAAUCACAAUUGGUCUUGAGCCUGACACCCAGGGGAGGUGGGGAGAGGCAUGUUGUCAGGCCAAUAGCCUUAUUUCCCUCCACUGCUCUCUUCCUUCUCCUGGAGGUGCACCAAUCAGAUGCCCAAGUGACACAGUAGCUGUCUGGAUGAUGUGCCACCCAUUCAUUGUUUUUAAGGACCUCUCAUAUUUCAGAAGCUUUGUCUACAACCAGCUGCACGAAUAUAAGAUGGGGAACGCCUGGCUUGCCUAUAGAAUUGUAGAGUUGGAAGCGACCCCAAGGGUCAUCUAGUCCAACCCCCUGCAAUGCAGAAAUCUCAACUAAAGCAUCCAUGACAGGUGGCCAUCCAGCCUCUGCUUAAAAACCUCCAAGGAAGAAGAGUCCACCGCCUCCCGAGGGAGUCCAUUCCAUGGUUGAACAGCUCUUACUGUCAGAAAGUUUUUUCUGAUGUUUAGUUGGAAUCUCAUUUCCUGCAGCUUGAAGCCAUUGUUUCAAAUCCUGCCCUCCAGAGCAUGAGAAAACAAGCUUGUUCCAUGGCUAUCAUAUCUCCUCUCAAUCUCCUCUUUUCCAGGCUAAACAUAUCCAGCUCCUCCAACUGUUCCUCAUCAGGCUUGGUUUCCAGACCCUUGAUCAUCUUGGUUGCCCUCCUCUGCACACAUUCCAGCUUGUCAACAUCCUCCUUAAACUCUGGUGCACAGUUGUCACCAACUGACACUGAGUCACUUUGAUAGGGAAAGUUUGAGCUCAAAUGCAUACCAACCUGAUCUCAUUUUUUGACAGAAUUACAAGCCUGGUAGAUGAAGGGAACGCAGUGGAUGUAGCCUACCUUGAUUUCAGCAAGGCAUUUGACAAGGUGCCCCAUGAUAUUCUUGUAAAGAAGCUGGUAAAAUGCGGUCUUGACUAUGCUACCACUCAGUGGAUUUGUAACUGGCUGACUGACCAAACCCAAAGGGUGCUCAUCAAUGGUUCCUCUUCAUCCUGGAGAAGAGUGACUAGUGGGGUGCCACAGGGUUCUGUCUUGGGCCCGGUCUUAUUCAACAUUUUUAUCAGCGACUUGGAUGAUGGACUCAAGGGCAUCCUGAUCAAAUUUGCAGGUGACACCAAACCCCAGAAGACAGGAUCACACUUCAAAACGACCUUGACAGAUUAGAGAACUGGGCCAAAACAAACAAGAUGAAUUUUAACAGGGAGAAAUGUAAAGUAUUGCACUUGGGCAAAAAAAAAUGAGAGGCACAAAUACAAGAUGGGGGACACCUGGCUUGAGAGCAGUACAUGUGAAAAGGAUCUAGGAGUCUUGGUUGACCACAAACUUGACAUGAGCCAACAGUGUGACGCGGCAGCUAAAAAAGCCAAUGCAAUUCUGGGCUGCAUCAAUAGGAGUAUAGCAUCUAGAUCAAAGGAAGUAAUAGUGCCACUGUAUUCUGCUCUGGUCAGACCUCACCUGGAGUACUGUGUCCAGUUCUGGGCACCACAGUUCAAGAAGGACACUGACAAACUGGAACAUGUCCAGAGGAGGGCAACCAAAAUGGUCAAAGGCCUGGAAACGAUGCCUUAUGAGGAACGGCUAAGGGAGCUGGGCAUGUUUAGCCUGGAGAGGAGGAGGUUAAGGGGUGAUAUGAUAGCCAUGUUCAAAUAUAUAAAAGGAUGUCCCAUAGAGGAGGGAGAAAGGUUGUUUUCUGCUGCUCCAGAGAAGCGGACACGGAGCAAUGGAUCCAAACUACAAGAAAGAAGAUUCCACCUAAACAUUAGGAAGAACUUCCUGACAGUAAGAGCUGUUUGACAGUGGAAUUUGCUGCCAAGGAGUGUGGUGGAGUCUCCUUCUUUGGAGGUCUUUAAGCAGAGGCUUGACAACCAUAUGUCAGGAGUGCUCUGAUGGUGUUUCCUGCUUGGCAGGGGGUUGGACUCGAUGGCCCUUGUGGUCUCUUCCAACUGUAUGAUUCUAUGAUUCAAUGAAAGAAAACAAAAAGGGCAUUUUUUUCCUUGAGGUGGGAAAGGUUCUCCUUUAGAGGAAUCUUUGCGCAUUGCAUCCAAGUGAAGAAACAAGAAAAGUGCAGGGAAGCUUUUUAUGUCCUAUUUGUCUUGCCCCACUGCUACAGUGCAUGACUUCAACUCAGUCGUGUUAAAGGGGAACAAGUCUAUAUUUGUGGUUUUCUUUCAUUUGAUUUAUUGCUGCCCUUCACCAUAAGGUCCCUGGGCAGCAAUUUAUCAGGUCAGACUAGGAUAUGGCUGCUAUCACCAGAACCUCCUUUACACCCAGGUGUUUGAGAAGCUCAGGCAGACCUGUGCAGAGCUUGUCUGAGACCUGGGGCAGGAGUCUUGUUCAUGAGAUGUCACCACCUCAUCUGAUCUAGGUACACAGUAACACUAUCGAAGCCUUGCAGUGCAUAAGGACUGGCAGGGGCAUUUUGUCCAUUCAGUCUGUGGUCAGCUGGGGUGUUCUGGCAUGGGGCGUUCUUGCCAUGACAGCGUAGGUUUGGCAGGGCUCCUCAGCCGCCUUCGUCCUCCAAGGCCUGGGGCAAGCGAAGCUGGCUGUCCCCACCUCUCUGCACAAGCCUGAACUCGGGAUCCCAGGUGGUUUGCUAGCUUCUUAAAAGUCUGGACAAGUGUGCUCCACGCAAGGGCAGGCCGACUCAUGAUGUGGCGGAAGGACUUGCCUCCAAACACCAGAUCUGGGAUGCAGUUUGCUCUUCCACCUCAGGCUGCAGCACGUCUUGCUCCAGGCUCAUGCAAGCAAGCCAAGGCACAUGCCACAUUCUUUCUGAAAAAUAUCAACUUCCAACUCUCAAAGGUGUGUCACUGCUUCAACCCUCUCCAUACAAGUACAAGACGAAGGUGACAGAGCCAAGGUUAUGCAGUACCUUUAUUGGAAGAUUUUGGUCAGUGUCCACAGGUCAGUGAGACCACCAUUUUAAAAAUUUAUUUUAUUGUUACAUUUAUAUCUCACCUUUGCUCCAAGGAGUCUAGAUGGCAUACAUGGUCCUUCCCUUCCCCAUUUUAUCCUUGCAUUUUAUCCCUGUAAGUUAGAUUAAGCUAAAAAAAGGUGACUGCCCCAAGGUCACCCAGGGAGUUUCAUGGCUGAGUGAGGAUCUGAACCCUGGUCUCUCAGUUCCUGGUCGAACACUCUAACCACUACGCCACACCUGAGAAUUGUGGCACCCCACCAUCCACUGGAGCUAUGUAUGACAAAUACAUUUGAUAUUAAACAGCUUUUUCUCAGAACUUCCGGGGUGGCGCCUCCGGAAAAUGGCGGAAUUCCCUUCGGACUGAAGGGAACCCGCUGCACGGAGGCUUGGGUCCUGCCGCUACGGCGCAGCGGGGGCCCUUAAAAACCACAGGCGGAAGAAGCCUGUGGACGUGGGACUCGGCGGGCACCGAGAGCGCUCUCUCCCCUUGUACAGGAGCUCGGUAACGGGCUCCGGAGUGGGAGGUGCGUGGUGCUGUGAGUCGUCUGCUUCCUCCGUGCAGCAAAGCCGCACUGCCGUUAUCGGAGAGCGCUGCCUUUUUCCUGGACAAUUUGGCAUCUAAAAUAUCUAUCCGUGAGUACCUGAUCUUGGAAGAGCUGAACCACUUUUAAGACUGGUGAAAAAAACAAAUAAUAUUGGACUUGAAAUUGAACUUAAUUGGGACUGGGAAUGGGAAGGUCUAAACAGGAAGUCGCCUUCCGUUCUUUUGUUAUGUGAAGAAAGCAAAGACAAAAUAUAUUAAAGCUUGAAAAUUAAAUUCUAAGAGAACUAGAAUUCAACAUCUAAGAUUUCUGAACCCCCCCUUCGAUUGCAGGAGAAGAAGGGGGUUGUAUUUGGACUCUUUAAUCCUGCGGAAGUGAGUUUAAAAUAAAGCAAUUUUCCACCGCCCUGAACCAGGAGCGGGCUGUCAGAAUUGACGUUCUGAAGUUUAUCUAGCUUGACAGUUAGUUAAAAGAAGGGUAACAUUUUGAUUUUACUGUUGCCUCUUGAAUUUGGAAGGGGGAAUUUUGGAUAAAGUGUUUCUGGAAAAAGAAAGAUUGUUGCUGUUGCUUUUAUUCCUUU